AUGAGAUUCGGAGCUCUAUCCCCCAAAAAAGCAAGCAGACUGCCUGUGCGCGACCCGUCGCCCACCAGAGAAGAUCCUAACGAGGUGUCCCCAGAACUUGUACCUAUCGUCACGCUUCUCUCGGCCCAGAACCACAGAAGAUAUUAUGAAGGCAUCUUCAUGCUCUAUUACGACCUCAACGGCGACGGCAAGCCCGCCGACCGCAAGUGGCAGGAGGUGUACGGAAUAUUGACCGGAAACCAGUUGGCGUACUUGGACGCUUCCAAUUUGGCCAAGUUCAAAGACCAACAAGAUAAGUUAUUGGAGGCUUCCAACAAGCCAAACUACCUUAACUUCACCGAUGCGGUAUUCAAUGCCAUGGCGGUGCUUCCGGCUGCCAAGCAGCAGCUUGAAAAUGUCAUUAUUGUGCUGACAACCUUAAAGAAUCGUUAUAUCAUCCAAUUGCGGUCGUACGACCUGCUCAAGGAGUGGUACUUGGCUCUUAGGUUGGCAACCUUUGAAUACCUGCAGCUCCAGGAAGCUUAUACUGGCGCGUUGUUGUCUGCGCGAGGUCUGAGGUUGUCUGACAUCAGGACUAUUUUAGCUGAAAAACGCUUCAAUCAUGAGGACUGGGUAAAAAUCCGCUAUGGCUCCGGUAUGGCCUGGAAGCGCUGUUAUGCUGUCAUUGAGCCUUCCACCUUCAAGAGGAAGGUGUUCACUCCGGGUCGGAUGCUUCUUUACGAAUCUGAGAACAUCAAGAAGAAAAACUUGCUAGGUGUCAUUACCGAUGCUACACUGGUCACUGCCGUGUAUCCUCAGCUGCACUUUUUCAUAGACAAGAGUACCAUCAUGAAGUUGGAGGGUUCAGUCAAUUUCAAGCUGCCUUCAGUCAAGAACGGAAAGAAGAGUCUGGCUGACGCUCUGGAAACCUCUAUCUUCAUUAUGCCAGAGCAGCAUUCAUCAGUUCCAGGAUUUGACACAUUGAUCCGUUUCUUGGUACCGCUUUUUGAUGCUUUUGGCUUAUAUGGACGCCCAAAGAGAUUGAAGGCCGACAGAAUGGAUCCAGAGUCCCUUGUGUUUGGCUUGCCUACCUUGCCUUACGUUCAUUACCUCAACAUGUCUGAUUUAAAUGCUUUGGUUGGCUCUCAGCAAUAUUUAACUUGGGACUCAGCCACCUGGAAAGCUGCAUUCAAGAAAGUUUUGCUGCUGAAGUUAGCACAGGGCUACGAUGGUUGUGGUAGCUCGAGAGGUUUCCUGGGUGCUCUAAGCUCCUUGAACAGCCCUCGUAUUGGCAGCCCAAUGUCUGCAAACAGACCAAUGUCCCCAGAAUUUGAGAACCGUGCCCUCAGACUGGUUUCUGGUCCUCUCCCCAAGCUCUCUCAACCAUUGCAACAUCCCGAAACCCAUCGUAUUGCACUGGCCGACAAUUCGAGAAAGCCAGAUCCUUUUGGAAAACCUCUCCCAAAAGUCGGCCAAGAAGCACAGAGCGCUGUUAUUGGCACGCCAUCGUACCGGUUACCUCCUGGCGAAGGCUUGAAAGAAGUUUCGAAUCCAGGAGCAAACAAGAAUGUCAACAAUUUGGAAAUCAACACUGCGGACGACCCUCGCAAAUCUAUUCAAUUGGCAGAUAUCUACCACAAAUAUUCCAAGAUUCAAACUCCCUCUGAUAAGUUCGAUGAUCGUAAUAAAAUUUUGAAUGGAAGUGCGGAGGAGAUUGACGAGAAUGUGUUGCCAUCCUUGAUUAGAAAGAAAUCUUUGAUGCGGGGCGGAAUUUAUCCAAACAGUGAAGAUCACUUGAUUGAUAGUAGUGACAGUGAAGACGAGGACGAUGAUGGUUCGAGUGACAGUAUUUAUCAACUGGAGGGUCCUCUCAAUGCUGGAACACUAAAGGUUCCUGGGUAUGACCAGAGAAAUUCCAGCUACUCAUCAGUGCAAUCUCCAUUGACACAAUAUAAUGAGUUCAGUCAGCAAUUCUCCAAAGCAGUCGAGCAGCCAGGAAGACCUGAUUUGCACAACGCUAGGUAUGGUGAUAACAGCGAUGAUUCUGAUUUCUCUGACUCGCAAUCUCCUCCUCCGGUUCCUGCUCAUGGUGCAUAUGAUAAAGAGUCGAGUGCUGCCACGCCGCUUCCGCAGAUUCUGCAAUUGCUGUUGCAAGGGCAAGGGCAGACGGAGCAGCGUCAGACAUCACAAGGGAAUCAAGUCUCUGCACCACUCUACAGAGAAGCCCAACAAACGUUGCAAAAUCAAUUGUACCAGCAACAGAACUCCAAGCCCUCGAAUGUGCAAAAGUCUCGUGCCAAUACUGACUUGAAUCUUACGCUCAACAAUCCACCAUCUUCCAAUAAGCCACGGUACAUCUCGUCCCCUAACAGCUCUCAAAACCAAUUGCCAAGAUUCGAGACGAAACAGCCUGUUUCACUGGGCCAGCUUCCAUCUCCACUGGGACCACUGGCAUACUCACAUGAACAGGUGCCAUAUCCACAGUCUCAGCAGGCACCUAAGCAGACACCUCAACAGGCACCUAAGCAGGUACCUCAACAGGGCUAUUACCACACACAAUCGCAACGUCCCGCCAAGGCAGAGUAUCCUGGAGAGCGCAAGCCGCUGAAUUCUUCGCCAACGGUAGCUCCAACAUCGGCAUUCAGAGUACAUCCUCAGGUGCCUCCACAUCAAGCACAGCAAAGUCUGCAAAGAGCGCAGAACCAAGUUCUGCCACAACAGCCGCAACAGCCGCAACAUCCACAAUCUAGACAUCCGUAUUAUCAGAGAGUGGAUCAGGGGCAAGGCUCUCAACAGGGCCAUCACGGACAAUAUCAGUCGACAUCCCAGCAGAUUCAACCCAAUGGAUACAGUGGAGGUCAAAGACAACAACAGCCACCUCAAGUUGUUGGUCAACAACACACCAUGCCUCCAAGACCUAAAGUCAGUGCACAGAACAGUUCACCAAGUAUUCGUUCCUACGACAACUCCGGACAGAUCUACCACUCACAGGUGCAGCCCAACUUCUCUUCUCGCCAACAAUAUCCUCCACAGAACCAAUAUGGUCAACAGCAAUACAGCCAACAGCAAUACAGCCAACAGCAGUAUGGCCAACAACAGUACGGCCAACAGCAAUAUGGCCAGCAACCGCAGCUGAACGGCCAGCAAUAUCAGCAGCAAGGCAACAGUGAAACAAAGUAUAUUCUGAACCCUAAUCAAGGGUACAUGCGUAAGUACUAA